CACAAUGUAUUUAUCAUUUUUCGAUUUAUGAACAAUAAACAUCAUGUUACAGUGAGUAAAUGUUAGUUCCCUCUCUACCUCCAAAAAAGAUCGUAUCAGACGCCCAUUUUCUCGAAUCAAGACGAAGAGCCCUGCACAGAUGGACGACAUUGAUAAGUAGACAUCCAGUCAUCUCUCAAGAUCCCUUGGUGCAAUUUUUUCUGACAGAUCAAGGGCCUGAUUGUCAGUAUCGCAUCAAGGAGACAUUUCACAGAGCUCCCGACGAAUUCAUGACCUCUGAUAUUGCAGCAACUGCCAAGAAUCUUCUACCUCCAAACCAUUCUCAACAAGCAUUCAAUUCACAAAACAUUCGUACUCUGGUAAAUGUCAUUGGAAAAUUGAAACAACUGGCUGAAGACAACGUUGAACGUCAAAAUGUAUCUAGCAGACAGUGUGACGAUUUUUCAGCUCAUAUUAAAAUACUCAGCACUUUGGAUAUUGGCGAAGGAAAAAGUUGUAUCAGUAACUGGGGAGAUAUGCAGAAGGGGUUUAAUGUGAUAGCUAGAGAAACUCCGAAAUUGGUAGCCAAAAGCAAUCAGCAAGCUUCACUGGAGCAAAAUAUCGUAUGUGAAAGACUUGGUCUACUGUUGGACAUCUUAGUUGCUCACAAGCAACUUUGCGAAAGGUUAGAAAAAGGUCUGAAUAAGGAACAUGUAGCUGCUUUGUCCAAGUUGCUUUCUUUGAAGAAAAGGAAAAUACAGGGUGUUAUUAGAGGAACUGGUGCUGAAAGUGUGGAAAAUCUUGAGGCAAAAGUGCUGACUCAAGAAAGCGUCAUAAUCAACAUGGAAUUGAGGACUGACUUUAGUUUGUACUGUAUGCAUAUGGAAACUCAGUUGGUGUAUGCUUAUUUAGGUACACUGUCCUACAUCAUGGACAGUAUUAUAAGCCUCAAGUUGAGGAACCAUUCAGAGUCUUACAAUACAUGGAAACACAUACAGGACGUCGCACAAAGCUUUUUUGCCAACAGCCAUCACAGUAACGGUGUACCAUCAUGACUUUGUGAAGUCAGCAACAACAAGUGUUUUAAUUAAGUUAGGAUAAAUUAAUUAUUUUUAUAUUCAUACUUGACACCACAGGUUAUUGGGUACUACUAACUGUAUUUACUAUAGGAGUAGGAAAAAUAUUGCUAUUUAAUGUUAUAAUGGAAUGAAAUCUCAUAGGAAUGAAUAUACAGGGUGACGGGAAAAUAGAUGCGGAGCCGGUGGGAGGAGAUUGUACAAGCCAAUCUGAGUCGAUUGUACUAUAGGAACUACUGUCCGAAAAUUAGCCGUUUUCGAAUUAUAGGGUAGAGUGGGGUUAACUGGACCCAUCAAAAUUUAAACUCUGUUUUUGACCAGUAAAUCGUUGCUAAAAACAUACCUUUGUGACCAUGCUUUGGUAGUUAUGUAAGUAAUUGGAAAACGUAAUGUUUAAAGUUAAAUUUAAAUUUAUGUGUAUG